AUGUCUGUAACCACAGACCCGACUCCCAUUCCGCAGUGGCAAGAAGACGAGCUCGAUCUGUCGGACUAUGUGCCGAAUCUAGGAGACGGCUGUUCGGACGGCAGCGCCGCCCGCUCCAGGGAACAGCUCGCGAUGGCUUGUUCCGUGGUGCUCGAGCGCCUCCGCGACGACGCGUCUGUUCACAGUGGAGACACACCAUACUACUGCGGACACUGUGGCAAGCAUUUCAGAAGCAAGACUAUUUUAAGAAAACACAUAGAAAACACACACUUGGCCACCGGACCAACACCAUUUGCUUGUGAUUUUUGUAGUUCUACUUUUCAAACCAAAUUUCUUGUAAUCGAACACGAGAAAAGUGAACACGGUGUUACAAAUUUCAUGUGUGCUGAAUGUGAGUAUACAACAAGUUUCAAGAAAAGUUUGGAGACUCAUUUAAAAAGUCACUCAGAUAAGAAUAAUUUUAGUUGUAGUCACUGUAGUUACACGAGUUCGUGGAAACGUGAUUUACACAAACACCAAACAAUACACAUGGCUGGAAAACCUUUUCAGUGUAGCGACUGCGAUUUCAAAUGCAGUGUUGAAUCAAAUCUGCGACGUCACCAGAAGACGCACAACCGGAGGCACCAGAGAAUACUCACUGGAAAACAACCUUACAAAUGUAGUCAUUGCAACUACAAGUGUAGUGUUAGUUCUAUGUUACGAAGACAUGAAAGGACACAUACAGGUGAGAAGCCUUUUCAGUGUAGCUACUGUGAUUACAAAUGUAAUCGAACAUCAUACUUAAAAAUACACCAGAGGAUACACACUGGGGAAAAGCCUUACAAAUGUAGUCAUUGUGACUACAAGUGCAGUAAUAAGUUCAACUUACGAAAUCACGAAAUGACUCAUACUGGCGAGAAGCCUUUUCAGUGUAGCCACUGUGAUUACAAAAGUAAUCAGAAAUCACACCUAAAAAUACACCAGAGGAUACACACUGGGGAAAAGCCUUACAAAUGUAGUCAUUGUGACUACAAGUGCAGUAAUAAGUUGAACUUACGAAAUCACGAAACGACACAUACUGGCGAGAAGCCUUUCCAGUGUAGCCACUGUGAUUACAAAUGUAAUCAUAAAUCACGCUUAAUAAUACACCAGAGGAUACACACUGGGGAAAAGCCUUACAAGUGUAGUCAUUGUGACUACAAGUGCAGUAAUAAGUUCAACAUACGAAAUCACGAAAUGACACAUACUGGCGAGAAGCCUUUCCAGUGUAGCCACUGUGAUUACAAAUGUAAUCAGAAAUCACACUUAAAAAUACACCAGAGGAUACACACUGGGGAAAAGCCUUACAAAUGUAGUCAUUGUGACUACAAGAGCAGUAAUAAGUUAAGUUUACGGAAUCACGAAAUGACACAUACUGACGAGAAGCCUUUUCAGUGUAGCUACUGUGAUUACAGUUGCAGUUAUAAGUUAAGCUUACGGGAUCACGAAAUGACACAUACUGGCGAGAAGCCUUUUCAGUGUAGUCACUGUGAUUACAAAUGCAAUCGGAAAUCAUAUUUAAAAUUACACCAGAGGACACACACUGGGGCAAAGCCAUUUAAAUGUAGCAGUUGCGAAUACAAAUGUAGUCGGAAAGAUAACUUGCGAAAUCAUCAGAUGAUACACACUGGAGAAACCCCAUAUAAAUGUACCAAUUGCGAAUUCAAGUGUAGGCGGAAAGAAAGAUUGCUAUUACACCAGAGGAUACACACCGGAGAGAAGCCGUACACAUGUAGUUAUUGCGGUUCCAAGUGGCGUGAUUUGUCAACCUUACGAAAACAUGAAAGGACACAUACUGGCGAGAAGCCUUUUCAGUGUAGCUACUGUGAUUGGAAAUUCAGUGAUAAAUCCACCCUACGACGUCACCAGGAGACGCAUACUGGGACAUAGC